CGACCCAGUACACCAAAACACCAUUUGUCGACCUUGCUCACUAUCGUCAGGACUUUUGAAAAUGAAGUUCAUGAAAGUGGGCCGUGUGGCCAUCAUCACACGAGGACGUUAUGCCGGCAAGAAGGUCGUAAUCAUUCAGCCAUACGAUGCUGGUUCAAAAGCCCACCCGUUCCCCUACGCCCUCGUCGCUGGCAUUGAGCGAUAUCCUUCGAAAGUGACUCGCAGGAUGGGCGCCAAGAAGGUCGCGAAGCGAAGCAAGGUCAAGCCAUUCAUCAAAACCGUCAACUACAAUCACCUUAUGCCCACUCGCUACACGCUCGAGCUCGAGGGGCUCAAAGGUGCUAUCACAAAUGAUACCUUCAAGGAGGUAUCGCAACGGGAGGAGGCUAAGAAGGUCGUCAAGAAAUCGUUGGAGGAGCGGUACACCAGUGGGAAGAACAGAUGGUUCUUCACCCCUCUGAGAUUCUAAACGGGAGUUUUUUUUCUUUUUUUUGCUUGGGAUGGGUUCUACUUGUGAUUGAAUUUCUGCGUUAUUCAUAGGUACACCAUAUAGCAAAAUAACGGAGCACUGCAUAGCAGAUUCAAAAUAAAAUAAAAAAAAGCAAAAGCUCAAAAAUUAGCUAUACUUGUAUGCAAAUGCUAUGACAUGACAUGUUUUCUUAUUCCUUUAGUCCAUAUCCCCUUCUCCUAUUUUACCAAUGGCAAGGAAAACACUCGUGUACUAUCGAAUUU